AUGGUUGUAGCUACGAUUAAGUGCGUUGUGGUUGGUGAUGGUGCUGUGGGAAAGACUUGUCUUUUGAUCUCUUAUACCACAAACAAGUUCCCUUCGGAAUAUGUCCCUACUGUCUUCGAUAACUAUGCUGUCACUGUCAUGAUCGGCGACGAGCCCUACACCCUCGGCCUCUUCGACACAGCCGGACAAGAAGAUUACGACCGCCUCCGCCCGCUCUCCUACCCCCAAACCGACGUCUUCCUCGUGUGCUUCUCCGUCACCUCGCCCGCCUCCUUCGAGAACGUGCGCGAAAAGUGGUUCCCAGAGGUCCACCACCACUGCCCGGGCGUCCCCUGCCUCAUCGUCGGCACACAGACCGAUCUGCGCGACGACAGCAGCGUGCGCGAGAAGCUGAUGAAGCAGAAGAUGAGUCCGGUGAGGAGGGAGGAUGGAGAGAGGAUGGCGAAGGAGUUGGGCGCGAUUAAGUAUGUGGAGUGCUCGGCGCUGACGCAGUAUAAGUUGAAGGAUGUGUUUGAUGAGGCUAUCGUAGCUGCUCUCGAGCCCCCAGCGCCCAAGAAGAAGCACGGGAAGUGCCUGGUCCUGUAG